ACCCACUCUCUCUCCCUUGCGACAGUGACGAUGCGCCCUCUUCCCUCCCUUGCCGAGGCGCCCUCUUCCUCCCUCGCGGCAGCACCCUCUCCCUAGCACGCCACAUGAAGGCGUCCUCUCCCUCGCUUGCAUCGUCUGCGCUCACCAAUAAAUUUGUCGCGUCGUCUGCGCACAGAGCAAAAUGGGAUUCUUUCCUCCUCCGGCGGCCGGAUCUGCUGCGUCGGGGCUCGAUCUGUCGAUUCAACGUUAAGGACGAGCUCCCGGAGGCGACUUCCGAGACGGCGGCCAGCGGGUCGUGCUCUUCUUCGCCCCGCCAUGGACUCCACCGCUUCGGUGCUGGACCAACUGGCGGCGCUGCUGACAGGCCGCGCCCCACCUACCGAGGGCGAGGGGGACUACCGCAGGCUACUCGCGCUGCUGACAACCUCCCUCGCCAUGGUCGUCGGCUGCGGCGCCACCCUCCUCGUCCGCCGCUCCUCCGCCACGCUCUAGGAAAUGGAGGCGCCCCCGCCUCCCUCCUGAUGUCAGCGAUGGUGUUGCUCUCGGUUGUCCUGCCCUGCCGGCACCCUCCUAUCCUCCAAGGGCGUCCACAGCGAAGAGCAAGCGCUGAUUGGGAUUGAGAGCCUGCUCAUGGACACCCAGAGCUUGGACCUAUGAUUGUUCGGUUUCUGUAGGUGCCAUACUACCUUGGUGAGAUGACUGAACAAGUAGAGCAGGAGGACCAAAUGCCAGUUCAGGUGUGGCUGGUUUGACCUAUGAUUGAGAAAACUCUGCAUUGAUGGGAAUUGCUUAGCAGCAGAGAUUU